UUGCCCAGGCUGGCUUCUAACUGUGAUCCUCCUGAUCUCUUCCUCCUGAAUAGCUAGGAUUACAGGCCUGAGCCACCGGCGCCGGCUUGGGUCUCUGUUUUCACAUGUAACAUUUUAUUUUCUCCUCAUUAAAAAAUAAUGAUGCACGGCGCUCCUUGAGACGGCUGCAGUUCAAGACCAGCCCGGGGAAACAGUUUGAGCCCCCAUCUCCAAAAUAACCAGGGCAGCCGGGCGCUGCUGGAUCACAUCUGUAAUCCCAGUUACUCAGAAGGCAGAGAGCGGGAGGAUCAAGGUUCAAAGCCGGCCCUGGGCAAAGAGAUCGCAAGAGCCUGUCUCGAAAAUGUCCAGCACAAAACAUGGCUGGUCGAGUGACUCAGGUGGUAGAGCGCCUGCCUAGCCAGGGUGAGGCCCUGAGUUCAAACCCCAGUGCCACAAAGAACAAAAGCUAAGUAAAAUGAACCAUAAGGAGCGCUCGUCUAGAAGGUACCGCAGAGGACAAAAACAAUAGCGAUGAACGCUCCUAACAGAAAGUUUAGAAAUGCAAGGGCACCGCUGUGCCGUCGCUGUGUGCUAGCCUCCUUCUGAAAUACGCGAUCCGUCCCGAAGACGUUUCUCACAAUUCCUCCCCAGGCCGGAUGUGGGAUCACCGGGUUUUCCGCCGCCCCGGCCAGGCUGAGCGAUCGUCCUUGGCGACUCCCGAGUCUGCAAACCGAGCGGUUUGCAGUUGAAGUCUGGCACUCGGGUACAAAAAUGCGUCAGCGGUGGCGAGGGGGUCACCAUUUGUGGAGGACCCCUUGGAAGUCCCCUGGGUCCCCCACCGGCCCCAGGCGGGCUCCUGCCGGCCACUCCCCCCGGAAAUGCCCCCAGUGGAAAAACCGGCAACUCCCACGGCCCCGGCAGCGCCUGCCACGCUGGACACCACAGCCCUGGCCAAGAGGGCGCUCUGGCCCCGCCCCCGCUGGGUCCACCGGACCAAUGGGCGCCGAUCUCGGCCUUGCGUCACGAGGCGCUGGCCAAUCGCGGACGGCCACGACCCUAGAAAGGCUGGGCGCUGCGGGGCCGCCGGCUGGGCGGCGGCGGGACGCACUAGCGUACACUGUGGCCAUGGUGGUGGUGGCAGCGGCGCCGAGUUCGGCCUCCGGGGCUCCAAAAGUCCUACUUCUGUCCGGCCAGCCCGCCGCCGCCGGAGCCCCGGCCGGCCGAACCGUGCCGCUCAUGGUGCCGGGCCAAAGAGGGGCCGGUCCCGAGGUGGCGAGCGGGGGGACGCCCCCGGCGCGCAAGCGACAGCGCCUCACGCACCUGAGCCCCGAGGAGAAGGCGCUGAGGAGGAAGCUGAAAAACAGAGUGGCAGCACAGACCGCCCGAGACCGAAAGAAGGCUCGGAUGAGCGAGCUGGAGCAGCAGGUGGUGGACCUGGAGGAGGAGAACCAGAAACUCUUGCUAGAGAAUCAACUUUUACGAGAGAAAACUCAUGGCCUUGUGGUUGAGAACCAGGAGUUAAGACACCGCUUAGGAAUGGAUGCCCUGGUUACUGAAGAGGAGACAGAGGCAGAGGCCAAGGGGAAUGGAGCAAGGCUGGUGGCCGGGUCUGCUGAGUCCGCAGCACUCAGACUACGUGCAUCUGCAGCAGGUGCAGGCCCAGUUGUCACCUCCCCAGAACAUCUCCCUAUGGAUUCUGACGGCAUUGACUCUUCAGACACUGAGUCUGAUAUCCUGUUGGGCAUUCUGGACAAGUUGGACCCAGUCAUGUUCCUCAAAUGCCCUUCUCCAGAGUCUGCCAGUCUGGAAGACCUCCCAGAGGUCUGCCCAGAAGGACCUAGUUCCUUACCAGCCUCCCUUUCUCUGUCCAUGGGGACGUCAUCAGCCAAGCUGGAAGCCAUUAAUGAACUCAUUCGUUUUGAUCACAUCUAUACAAAGCCUCUUGUCUUAGAAAUCCCCUCUGAGACAGAGAACCAAACUAAUGUGGUAGUGAAGAUCGAGGAAGCACCUCUCAGCCCCUCAGAGGGCGAUCACCCUGAAUUCAUUGUCUCAGUGAAGGAAGAACCUGUGGAAGAUGACUUCAUUCCAGAGCUGGGUAUCUCGAAUCUGCUUUCAUCCAGCCACUGCCUGAAGCCAUCUUCCUGCCUGCUGGAUGCUUAUAGUGACUGUGGAUAUGAGGGUUCCCCUUCCCCCUUCAGCGACAUGUCCUCCCCACUUGGUGCAAACCAUUUUUGGGAGGACACUUUUGCCAAUGAACUCUUUCCCCAGCUGAUUAGUGUCUAAGGAGCGAUCCUGUACUGCUGGCCUUUCCUUGACUGUCACACUGCCCGGAGGACAGCAGCAAAGCCUGUCUGUGCUUCAUUCAGAAAGCAAGGUAGAGGUGUACAGUCCUAGAGAACACCUCCCAAGUAUUAGACUCAAGUGUUGUGUUUCCACAUCCAGCAACCCAGGAUACGACUGUAACUCAGAACUUCAGUUUUUCAGACUAAAAAGGUGGUAGUUUACCCUGCAAUACUGAUGUAAGAGUCACUUGACUUGUGUCUUGAAGUAGACACAAUUUGUGGGUGGCCCUUUCCCAUCUCUCCCCACUUCUUGGCCUCCUAGACUUGCCUCCAGUUUUAGGUCCUUUAAUUUGCUUGUGCAAGCAGAGAAACACUGAGGGGGCUCCUUUUCCCUCGUGCAGUUCAGGGAUGGAUCAAGAAUCUUCUGUAAAAUUACAGAAAUUUACUGUGUAAGCGCUUGAUGGAAUCUUCCCCUGCUUGUGUAGCUUCUGGAAGGUGCUUUCUCCAUUUAUUUAAACCACCCACGCAAUUAAAAAGUGCAAUGCAGCGUCCUUGUUCUGUGACUUCUUUUAGGCCGUCAGUCUUACUUUGUGACUGAUGUUCCACUGCUCACUAGGGUAGUAAUGCACCUAACUAGAGCAAGCUACCAUGCAGUGACUGAACGCUUUUCCACCUUGAUUACUGCUGCUUCAACUCCUGGCUGCCCUCUUUCUGACACAGGUGCUUCAGCUUAACUGGCCACUAGCACAGCUGGAACUGUAACCAGCGUUUGGCUCUGUCAUCUCAUAAAAGCCACUGAAUGUCAAGAUAAGACCGUUUUCUAUACUCAAAUUCCCUGUCUCAGUGUCUCCACUGGUGAGCUGGGUAGCCCUGGGCGGAUGUAGUGUCACUUGCUUCCUCAUCUGCAGAGGGAGAACAGGCUCUCUGGAGGUUGUAGAGAGGACUCUAAGAGAUGUUAUAAGCACUUCAUGUUUGCCAGGCACCAUCCUAAGCAUUUGAAAGUUAGCCCUAAGCUCCUAAGCCACGUUGGAAAAGUUUUUAUUUGCACAAGCUUACUUCAUAACAGAAUCAAGGCUGGGGUUGAGCUCAGUGGUAGAGUUGCUUGCCUGGAGUGCACAGGCCCUGGAUUUGAUCCUAGCACCCAAACAAUAAUAAAUACAUUUGUUCAGGAAAAAUUUCUAAAGACAAUACA